CUUGUGGUCUAGAUAAAUCAGGAAAAAUGUCUCUCUAUCCAUCUCUUGAAGACUUGAAGGUAGACAAAGUAAUUCAGGCUCAGACUGCUUUUUCUGCAAACCCUGCCAACCCAGCAAUUUUGUCAGAAGCUUCUGCUCCCAUCCCUCAAGAUGGAAAUCUUUAUCCUAAACUGUAUCUGGAACUUUCUCAAUACAUGGGCCUGAGUUUAAAUGAAGAAGAAAUACAUGCAAAUCUGGUGAUGGUCUCUGGAGCACCACUUCAGGGGCAGUUGGUAGCAAGACCUUCCAGUAUGAACUAUAUGGUGGCUCCUGUAACUGGAAAUGAUGUUGGGAUUCGCAGAGCAGAAAUUAAACAAGGGAUUCGUGAAGUCAUUUUAUGUAAGGAUCAAGGUGGAAAAAUUGGACUCAGGCUUAAAUCAAUAGAUAAUGGUAUAUUUGUUCAGCUAGUCCAGGCAAAUUCUCCAGCCUCAUUGGUUGGUUUGAGAUUUGGCGACCAGGUACUCCAGAUCAAUGGUGAAAACUGUGCAGGCUGGAGCUCUGAUAAAGCUUACAAGGUGCUCAAACAGGCUUUUGGAGAGAAGAUCACAAUGACCAUUCGUGACAGGCCUUUUGAGCGGACAAUUACUAUGCAUAAGGACAGUACUGGAAACGUUGGCUUUAUCUUUAAAAAUGGGAAAGUAACAUCCAUAGUGAAAGAUAGUUCUGCAGCCAGAAACGGUCUUCUCACGGAACAUAACAUCUGUGAGAUCAACGGCCAGAACGUCAUUGGAUUGAAGGACUCUCAAAUUGCAGACAUACUAUCAACAUCUGGGACUGUAGUUACCGUCACAAUCAUGCCUGCUUUUAUCUUUGAACAUAUUAUUAAAUGGAUGGCGCCAAGCAUUAUGAAAAGCCUGAUGGAUCACACCAUCCCUGAAGUUUAACAGUUAGGACACAAUGGAAACAGCUGAGCGUCUCCAGUUUCCUUUCUCAACUACUUCUGUAUUAUGCACACGAAGCUUUCCCGGAGCCAGGGAGCAUAUGCUGCAUGAGGACCUUCCCGUCUCACGUUAUG